CAUUACGGGAUUAAAGAGAUUCAGAUUUCUAAGAACGGCGUAAUUACGUAAUGAUGUUCUGUGUAAUCAGUAAACUGAAAACUGUACUACGUAGCAACUUUGGGCUAACAAAUAUAACUCCACCGUGAAUGUAACAUGACGUGGAAUCCAUUGAAGAGAAACCAUUUGACGCAAAGGCCGUCACCAGCAUCACCGCUUCUUUCUCAUGCCGAAGAUAGAGACCUUGAUGUUACCAUCCAGAAACUUAUUCAUGCUGAAGACACAAUCAGAAAACUCACUAAAGAAAUGAAGAAGUAUUUGGAGGCAGUCGCCAAUCUUGAUAGAACUGAUCAACGACUUAGUUUGAAUUUGAGUACGAGUGGCAUGGCACAUAUCAGCGAUGACUUGAGAAGAGUAGUCGAAGACUAUCAUUCAGUCACAUCUCAAGUAGGGAAAACUGUUCAGGAAAUGAUUCAUCUUUGCCAAAAAACUUUCAUAGAGCCACUCAAAAAACUACGAGAUGAAUUUGCUUACAUUGCACUGGCUAUAGCUAAACGAGAGGAACUGGUAGCUAAUUGGAGAUACGUGUAUAAUCGUGUGAGAAAAUUACAGGAAAAGAAGGAUAGAACAGCCAACCAUAUUGCUAAAUUAGAACGAGAACGCAGAGUUGAAGAAGCAGCUGGAAAGGAAUUGAGAACUGUCCAUGCUCAGUUACUAGUUGAAUUACCCACAUUUUUGGAUAAGAGACUAGAGUACAUCAAACCUAGCGUGCAUGCUUUGAUCAUGAUUCAGUUAGACUAUUACGGUAAUACCACAAGACUGUUUACACAUCUUAUGCCUGUGCAUAACUCAGCAGAUUCGCCUGGGAGUGCUAUGAUACCAGAGGAAGAAUACCAGCAACUUAUCACUGGCCACAUGAACCAAAUACGAGCACUCACUAUUGUUAAAGAUAACUGAUUCUGUCUUGUACUUUCUUACCUAGUGUUUUCCUUUGGAAUAAUUCACCACACUGUCGUUGUAUUUAUAUCUCAUCAGAAGCAAAGUUAAGUCUCCAUAAUAGUCGAGGAAUUAAUUUUAUUUAAAUCUCUGCUGGUAACAUAAGUAUGACAAAAGUAUUAUCGAAAAUUAAAGAUUGUUGAGAUAUUUCUGAAA